GGCUCCUUCCGGUGCGAUCGGCUUCCGGCUGUCAGCGCGGAGGCGGUUGCCUCGCCAUGUUCCGCCGCAAGCUCUCGGCGCUCGAUUACCACAACCCGGCCGGCUUCAACUGCAGGGAUGAAACGGAAUUCAGAAACUUUAUCGUCUGGCUUGAAGACCAGAAAAUCAGACAUUACAAGAUUGAAGACCGAGGGAAUUUAAGAAACAUACACAGUGAUGACUGGCCCAAAUCAUUUGAAAAGUACAUGAAGGAUGUGAACUGUCCUUUCAAGAUACAAGAGCGACAAGAAACAGUGGACUGGCUUCUCGGCUUAGCAGUUAGACUGGAGUAUGGGGAUAAUGCUGACAAAUAUAAGGAUUCUACGCCUGAUGGUGCUAAAAACACUGACAAUACAGCAAAAAAUGCAGAACCGCUGAUUAACCUGGAUGUGAAUAAUCCCGAUUUCAAGGCUGGAGUGAUGGCUUUAGCUAAUCUGCUUCAAAUUCAGCGACAUGAUGACUAUCUGGUAAUGCUUAAGGCCAUUCGCAUUUUGGUUCAGGAGCGCCUGACCCAGGACGCCAUAGCGAAGGCCAGCCAGUCCAAGGAGGGUUUGCCCGUUGCUUUAGAAAAGCACAUUCUUGGUUUUGACACAGGAGAUGCUGUUAUCAAUGAAGCUGCCCAGAUUCUCCGCCUGCUGCAUAUAGAGGAGCUCCGAGAGCUGCAGACAAAAAUCAACGAAGCGAUUGUAGCAGUUCAGGCCAUCAUUGCUGACCCCAAGACGGACCACAGACUGGGGAAAGUGGGGAGAUGAGCUGCUCAAAGCUUUUUGUCUCUUGUGUAGUUAGUACGAUUAGGAACUCUGUGAAACACCCCUGGCAUGCAGUUUGAAAUGGCAUUAUUUUACUGUUUUGAAAGAAAAUAGGAGUUGGAAUUCUGACUUCUAACAAAUUAUCAUCUUUUCUUUAAAAUAAAUGAAGCUGGGGGAAAUAGAAUUAAUGAGAACAAUUUGUCUGAGUUGGCAAAAGUGACUUUUUCAUUGUGUUUUGGCUUUAUGUUGAGGAGGGAGUGUUGCGUAAAGACUCUGUGGGUUCCUCUCUUGCUGAGGUCCUGCCUCCUUUGCUGCUUCUCCACAUUCUAACCUCCAACUGAACCACUUAAAAACUGAAUCCAAGGGGAAACUGAAAACCAUUUUAUUCAAUAAUUGAAUUAACCUAGGAAAAAUGUGAAGCAUUACAACAUAACUGGUAUUUCUGAACACGUAUUGGUUUACGCUGGGUAGGUCUAUGAAGAAGGCACUUAGAAGAACCAACACGCGUGAACAGAUCAAUUCUAGCGUAUUCUUCUAAUAUAAAUACUAAAAGACAUGCAUGGAGGCAGUGGUGAAAAUAGGGAAUUGUCUUCUGGAAAGACAUCAAUGCUUUGGCCAUAUCCCAUCACUGCUUUGCACACUGCUGGAGGACACACAGUCUUGGUCUUCAAGGCUGGAGAUCGCUUACACCCAGCAAGAUACUGCAUCCAAAGCUCCCCCCUAGGUGCUUCUUUUUGGAUAAAAGGACCCAUUGGUCAGAUUGUCAAAACUAUUAAAUCUGUUCUUCCAAUAAAAUAAAACAUUUGAGUAAGAAAGCUAUAUUUUAAAUUUGCUUGCAUAAGCAAGAGUUAAGAGGAACGGCCUGAGAGUCACAGGGCCAUUCGUGGGUUUUUUUUUGUAAUAUAGCAAUGUUUUUCACUAUAAAAAAAUACAGUAGUAAAGACUUGAGGUAUAACUUCAUAAAAUACUUGGUAAUCUUUUGCAGGGAAGUAGGUCGCUUCAUUUUCCUGGGUUAAGGGCUUUUC